AUGGAGCGACAGAAGCUAUGGCGGAUGCACCUGGUCCCUCUGGGGGCCGGAAAACCGAGAUCCCAACCUCCCUUUGGUGCAAGACGCCUGGAAAGCGGGAAUGCGGCCUCCCCUUCCCCGGAUGGACAGUUGGCAGGACCCCGCCCCAGCGCCCCUGAUUGGAUGAGGCUUCAGUUCUCGUCCCAUCGCCAAAUUUGCUCCGAAUUGCUAGAGGGGGCACCGUUGUCUUCCUGCUCCUUUGUCCUGCACAGGAAAUUCCAGACUCAGAGUCCAGUGGAGACCAAGUACAGUGAAGGGGACGAGGGGAAGAAGUCCACCCUGCGUUUGAGGGCUGGGGCCAAGACCCUUCAUUGCCGCUUCACUCAUCUGUGCUUCACAUCUCCUGUCAUUCACAUCUGUCAAGAUUCAGGGGGCAGAGCCCGAAGCUGUACCCAAUCAGGGGCGCCGGGGCGGAGCUCUGCGAUCGGUCCAAUCAGGCGCGCCGUCGGGGACGCAGCUGCAGACGUUCAACCUUCUCGCGGGAUUUUCAUUUCUCGCGUCUGCCGUACUUGGUUUCGCUUCGCUGGUCCCAGAGGCCCAGAGUGGCUCUCCUGGAGUCUCUGUGGCGCCGUUCCCUGUACCUGCCUUGGGAUCCGGAGGGAGGAAGCCGGGACACCCGGGAGUCAGGAAAUGGACUCGGUGGCUUUUGAGGAUGUAGAUGUGAACUUCACCCAGGAGGAGUGGGCUUUGCUGGAUCCUUCCCAGAAGAAUCUCUACAGAGAUGUGAUGUGGGAAACCAUGAGGAAUCUGGCCUCUAUAGGGAAAAAAUGGAAGGACCAGAACAUUAAAGAUCACUACAAACACCGAGGGAGAAAUCUGAGAAGUCAUAUGUUAGAAAGACUCUAUCAAACUAAGGAUGGUAGUCAGCGUGGAGGAAUUUUUAGCCAGUUUGCAAAUCAGAAUCUGGGCAAGAAAAUUCCUGGAGUGAAACUCUGUGAAAGCAUUGUAUAUGGAGAAGUCAGCAUGGGUCAGUCAUCCCUUAAUAGACACAUCAAAGAUCACAGUCGACAUGAACCAAAGGAAUAUCAGGAAUAUGGAGAGAAGCCAGAUACACGUAACCAGUGUUGGAAACCCUUCAGUUCUCACCACUCCUUUCGAACACAUGAGAUAAUUCACACUGGAGAGAAACUCUAUGAUUGUAAGGAAUGUGGAAAAACCUUCUUUUCUCUCAAAAGAAUUAGAAGACACAUUAUCACACACAGUGGAUAUACACCAUAUAAAUGUAAGGUGUGUGGGAAAGCUUUUGAUUAUCCCAGUAGAUUUCGAACACAUGAAAGAAGUCACACUGGAGAGAAACCCUAUGAAUGUAAGGAAUGUGGAAAAGCCUUCACUUGUAUCACAAGUGUUCGAAGACACAUGAUAAAGCACACUGGAGAUGGACCUUAUAAAUGUAAGGUAUGUGGGAAACCCUUUCAUUCUCUGAGUCCAUUUCGAAUACAUGAAAGAACUCACACUGGAGAGAAACCUUAUGUAUGUAAACAUUGUGGUAAAGCUUUCGUUUCUUCAACAUCAAUUCGAAUACAUGAAAGAACUCAUACUGGAGAGAAACCCUAUGAGUGUAAGCAAUGUGGGAAAGCCUUCAGUUAUCUCAACUCCUUUCGAACACAUGAAAUGAUUCACACUGGUGAGAAACCCUUUGAAUGUAAGCGAUGUGGUAAAGCCUUUAGAUCUUCUAGUUCCUUUCGACUACAUGAAAGGACUCACACUGGACAGAAACCCUAUCAUUGUAAGGAAUGUGGGAAAGCCUAUUCUUGCCGUGCCAGCUUUCAGAGACACAUGUUAACACACGCUGAAGAUGGACUACCUUAUAAAUGCAUGUGGGAAAGCCUUUAAUGCUCUGGGUUCAUGUCAGAUACAUUAAAAUACUCACUGAAGAGAAGCCCUAUGAAUGUAAGUAACGUGGGAAAGCAUGAAAUUCUGUUGGUGCCUUUUUUAAUACAUGAAAGAAUUCUAGAGAGAAGCCAUAUAAAUGUAAGUAACAUGGGAAAGCUUUCAAUCAUUUUAGUUCCUUUCAAAAACAUGAAAGAACUCAUCAUGGAGAAAACCAAACAAAUGCUUUUUGGAAAGGAACCCAUAUUUGGGAGAAACCCUGGGUAAAGAGUGUAGGAAAGGUUUUGUCAUCACACAACCCUGUCACACAUGAAUAUGUAGUGGAGAGAACCCUGGUAAAUGUAAAGAGUAUGGGAGAGCCUUUAGUCAUUUUAGUUCCACUUGAAGCCAUGAAAGAACACACAAAAGAGAGAAAGCUCUUGAAUAUAAGCAAUGUCCAAACGUUUUUAGCCAGCCCAUAUGCUUUCAACAACAUGUAAGAACGUUCCCUGGAUCAAAACACUAUAAAUGUGAAAACCACAAGGAAGGUUUUCCAUUAUACUUUUAAAGUCAUUUGAGGGCUCUGUGGCUUUGUGGGUUAAAGUACUUGUCUGGCAAACAGGAGAUGCUGGAUUUCAAUCCCAGCAGGUCCUCACUAGUUGAGGUAUUGAAUUUGAACAGAUGUUUUGGCUCUGGCUGGGUGUGGUGGCUCACACCUGUAAUCCCAGCACUUUGGGAGGCUGAGGCAGGAGGAUCACUUGAGGUCAGGAGUUUGAGACCAGUGUGCAAAACAUAGCAAGACCUCAUCUCAGCAAAAAAAAAAAGGUCAUUUGAAAACUUCUAAUAUAGCAAAAUCCUAUAAAUGUAAGUACUUCAAAAAGCCUCAUGCAUAGCAGGUCAUGUAGUCUCUAGAAAAUACAUAACCUGAUGGAAAUGUAGAAGCUAUAUGUAUAUUUUGUUAAUUAGUGGCUCAUAUUUAAAAUAGUUCUCUGACUAUGGAUUUCAAAUGCUUAAUCUCACAAAGAAAUGUUAAAUUGAUAUAAUCCUGUAAGUAAUCUGAAAGCAAUAGUGCAUGAAUUUCAUAGGUAGUGGUGUUUUAGGUCAGUAAAUAUUUGUCUUUCCAUUUUGAAAUGUGUUUAAUCCAACGAUGAAUUUAAAUGUGUUUCUCAUAUUCAGGUAUGUUAAAUUGUAUAUGGUUGCUUAAUUGUUCUGUGAUUGAGGACCACUGAAAAAUAAGUCUUAAUAAAUGUUGGUAUGAACCUA